GCGGCGGCGUAGGCCGGGCCCGGCGCCCCGCGCUGACCCGGGAAGCGGCGGCGAGGGGGCGGGCCGAGCGCUGGAGUCCAUGUGGGCGCCGGCGCCGCUGGGAGCUGUGCGGGGUCGCCAUGGCGGAGCUGCAGCAGCUCCGGGUGCAGGAGGCGGUGGACUCCAUGGUGAAGAGUCUGGAGAGAGAGAACAUCCGGAAGAUGCAGGUAGUGGGGCGGGGGCCGACCCCGGGGAGCCAAGGCGGUCCGGGACUCCCGGCCCCUUCCGCAGCCGCCGCAAGAUCCCCGGCGCCGCUGCCUCCCUCCCCGCAGACCCGGUCGGGGUGUCCCUGGGCUCGUCGCGGCGUCCUCGGGGCACGGCUCAUCCUCAGACAGAACUUCUGGAGCUUCGGCUGAGCCGAUGAAAUCUGUGCGCCCCCGCCACGCGCAAGGCCGUUUGCCCCCCCAGGCCAGGCCGGGGGAGGGGGUGUCCCCGGGCCAGGGUUGAGAAGUCCCUGGUGUGAGGCGGCCGGCCCCCCACCUUUCCCACUUGCGCGGCCCCUUGUUAAGGGCUUUAUGUUCAGGUGUAGCGCCGGCUGUUGUGAGGACAGCCAGGCGUCCAUGCAGCAAGUGCACCAGUGCAUUGAGCGCUGCCAUGCACCUCUGGCUCAAGCCCAGGCCCUGGUGACCAACGAGUUGGAGAAAUUCCAGGACCGCCUGGCCCGAUGCACUAUGCAUUGCAAUGAUAAAGCCAAAGAUUCAAUAGAUGCAGGGAGUAAAGAGCUUCAGGUGAAGCGGCAGCUGGAGAGUUGCGUGACCAAGUGUGUGGAUGACCACAUGAACCUCAUCCCAACCAUGACCAAGAAGAUGAAGGAGUCUCUCUCAUCCAUUGGGAAAUAGAUGUCUGCUAUUGGCCAUCGGGACUGAGGGCAGGGAUCUGUUUUAAAAGAGGAAUGGGGAUUUGGAUCCUUUAAGGAAAGUUUAUGAAUAAGGAAAUUAAGGAUGGCAGCAAGUUUAAGGCCUGUGUUACUUGCCUCUGGACACUCAUUCCUUUGUGUUUCAGUUCUAGAAAGUGAAAUGGAAAAAAAUGGUGCUAAAGUUUGGGUCAGAUAUAGCACAGGAGAGUUUCUGUGAGUUUGAAUUUCAUGUGGCAAGUACUUAUCCUGGCAAUAGGGAGUCUUUCUUGUACCAAACCAGAGCCCUCCAAGGUACCAGAUUCUCUUAGUACACAGAUACCAACAGGCUGGCGGGUUCACGUAACCUGCUUAUGAUCUGGUGGAGUGAGGAGAGGUGUUUCUACUUGUUGCCAACCUCCUUAAGGAUCACUACAGCAUUUUCCACAAACAAAAUUCAUGAGGUCACUAAUUUAGAAGCGGAAAGGGGGUUUCUGAGGUUUUGUUUUGCUUGGUAUUGUUUUAUAUGCAAGGGCAUGAGGUUAAUUUAAAAUGUAAAGUUGGGAGAGGUAGUUUGGAUAAAAACUUUGAAAAGGUCCUUGCAGAUAUUCAUUUCUGGCCAUCAAGAUGUGGAUGUGCACUUCUUAAAAUUCUCACACAUGACAUCUCUCAGCCUGGAGACCCUGCAAAAACACAAGAAACACUAUCACGCCCAUAGGGGAAGCAAACCUUCCCUCUCACUGACAGCCAUGAUGGGCCUUGAGGCUGUCUAUAGCAGAGUCAGCCAAGUGACAAGACAAUCUUGCAGUGACACUCACCCUUGAAGGGAAAGGGGAUUUUGAUUGUGCUAUAUGCUAGUAUUCAGGAAUGAACGUUGAAAGAGGAAUUGUUAGCUGCGUAGUUAAGAGAGUUAUGAAGUACUGGGUUUGGAAAAAUCUAGUUUUCAUAAAACAGAAGAGAAUGAAAGCCUAAACCCAGUAUUGCUUAUUUUGCCCCCUGAAAUAACAGAGCUCUAUUGAGACAAUCCCUUGGCAACACAAAGGUCAAGGGAGAAAAAGUAAGCAACUCGGGGGCAAGCUGUGACUCCUUUAGAGCAAAAAAGGGACAGCCCUCCAUUACCAAAUACCACUUUUGCCAGGGCCUUUGUGACAUGCGUUGUUCUUGCCCCAGUUCUGGCACCUUAUUGUUUUGAUAAGGACCUUGUUGUCUUUUACCCACUUGUUACUUGAAAUGAUAAUAUAGCCUGUUUGCUGUUUCAAGACUGUGAUAUAUUUUCCUAGUGGUUUGGUUUUAAAAAUAAAUAAGACUUAA